CGUACGUGCAAGAGACGAGCGUAGUAACAACUGUGAGCAGCUAGCACAUGCAUGGCGUCGUCGCAGCUGGUCGUCGUGUGCCUGUUUGUAGCGUCGGCGGUGACUGUGACGAUGAACGGCGGCGCGCAGGCGCAGGCGCAGCCGAUUGUGCCGGCGGUCAUCUCGUUCGGCGACUCCACCGUCGACGUCGGCAACAAUAACUACCUGCCGGGCGCGGUGUUCAAGGCCGACUACGCGCCGUACGGGCAGGGCUUCGCGCGGCACAAGGCCACCGGCCGAUUCUCCGACGGCAAGAUCGUCACCGACAUCACCGCCGAAACGCUCGGCUUCGAGAGCUACGCGCCGCCGUACCUCAGCCCGCAGGCGUCGGGGAAGAACCUGCUCACCGGCGCCAACUUCGCCUCCGCGGCGUCCAGCUACUACGACGACACGGCGGCCAUGUAUGACGCGAUCACGCUGACCCAGCAGCUCAAGUACUACAAGGAGUACCAGUCGAAGCUGGCGGCGGUGGCCGGGCGCGCCAGGGCUCGCGCCAUCCUCGGCGACGCGCUCUACGUCGUCAGCACGGGCACCGGCGAUUUCCUCCAGAACUACUACCACAACGCCUCCCUGUCCCACCGCUACGACGUCGAGCAGUACACCGACCUCCUCGUCGGCAUCUUCUCCGGCUUCGCCAACGAGCUGUACAGGCUGGGGGCGCGGCGGAUCGGCGUCACGUCCAUGCCGCCGCUGGGCUGCCUGCCGGCGUCCAUCAGGCUGUACGGCGACGGCAAGGGAGCGUGCGUGCCGAGGCUCAACCGCGACGCCGAGACCUUCAACGCCAAGCUGAACGCCACCGUCAAGGCGCUCAAGCGGCGGCACGCCGACCUCAAGCUCGCCAUCCUCGACAUCUACACGCCCCUCCGCAAACUCGCACAAGACCCCGCGGCUUACGGCUUCGCCGACGCUAGAGGGACGUGCUGCCGGACGGGGACGGCCAAGACGAGGGUGUACCUCUGCAACCCGACGACGGCCGGGACGUGCCGGAACGCCAGCAGCUACGUGUUCUUCGACGCCGUCCACCCGUCGGAGGCUGCCAACGUCUUCAUCGCGGAGUCCACGGUCGACGCGGGCAUCGAGCUGGUCACCUAGCUAGUAGGAAUAAUAAAGGAGACGACACACAUCUGCAGAUCUGCUCACAUGUUUCCUGCUCCAUCGAAACAGAACUACGUACAGUGUCUGGAAUAGCCAGUGAAAUUAAAAAUUGCACCGUCGGCCCUGCCCUUUUCGUAAUGUUGUGGAGCAGUUUCCUGUUCCAUCUGUAGCCGCUCACCAGUUUCCUGUUUCCAUCCAAGAAAACAACGGUACACCUUGAAUUGCCUGUGAAAUUGCACCAUCUAUCUCCCUACCAUUCUUGUAAUAUUGUUGAUCAUAUACUAUGCGUACGUGCGUUUUCCUAUAUAUCAUGCAUAAUAUGAGGUGUUUGGUUUCUAGG